AUCGCCAUGACGAAUCAUCAUGGCAGCGGCGCAUGUGGCGGCAACUUGAUCGCACUUUUCACGCUGAUGGCUGGGUCGAUGAACACUAUUCUCAUGAAAAUGCAGUUUGACAUGGUUGCUCAAGGCACCGAAGCGUGCGUGUCGGACGAUGGAUUGGCCUCGUUAACAUGUCCAUUCCACAAGCCGUGGUUCGGGGUCAUGCAAGUGAAGCUCGGCAUGACAUUAUGUUUGGUCUACCUUGUCGUGCGCAAGAAGCUGCUUCAUCGAGCGUACUUGGAGACACCUUUGCCGUCGCACACGCACAAACUGUUUGUGACAGUCCCCGAAUGGCCAUCGACGCGAACACUCAUGGCAACCGUCGUUCCGGCUGCUCUAGACCUCGUACAAAGCAUCUUUUCGUUCGUGGGAUUGCUGUGGAUCCCCGCGUCGGUGUACCAAAUGAGCGGUGGGUCCAUGCUCGUCUUCAGUGCGUUCAUUUCAGUGAAGUUUAUGAAAGUCCGCUUGUUCAUGUACAACUACGUGAGCCUGGCGCUGGUCGUGUUUGCCCUCGUGCUUGUGUCCAUGGCCGGGCCGUCGCAUCCGUCGUCGACCACCUCUAUCGAUGCCUGGCACACGCUGCUAGGGAUGGUCUUGAUUCUGCUGUCGAGGCUACUGUACGCGGUCAACAUUGUGCUCGAAGAGUACUUCAUGACGACAUUACACGUGAGUCCAAUCCUCCAGGCCGGCAUGGAAGGCCUGUGGGGGCUGGUUCUUUUUGUGCCGUUGGCGCCGUUUCUCGCAUGGACGGAGCCUGGGACAUCCGCCAUGGCCUCAUUGUGGCAUGAGGACUUCGUCGACACGUGGGCCAAGUUACAGCAAUCGCCGACUCUGUUCUGGUUCGUUCUAGUGUACGUGCUUUCCAUUGCAACUUAUAACGUUGCGGCGAACUGGGUCACCAAGCACAUGAACUCAAUCGUUCGCAGCAUGAUCGAGAAUGGCCGAGGACUGGGCGUGUGGGUCAUCGGCCUGUUUCUGUACUACGGGUGCAGCUCCGUCAGUGGGACCACCACGAUGGGCGAGCCGUGGACAGCAUCCAGUUGGCUCGAAGUCGUCGGAUUUGUUCUCAUGGUUGUCGCGUCACUCUGUUACCAGCGCGUGCUGCGAUAUCCGUGUGCAUCGUUCUACCGCGACGAUUUUGCGCCAAUUCGUUAAGCUGGUCGUCCCCAUGCCGUCCUUCAACGUAAAGCACCCGAUUGUCAUUUAGAUAACUCAAACGUGAUGCAAACAACGGUAAGUUUGUUUACUUGACGUUCUUGAAGUACUCUUGCGAGUCCUUGGGGUUGGUGACGAUCGUGGCCUCACCGGGCUGCCAGUUGGCAGGGCACACUUCGCCGUGUUCUUCCACGAAUUUGAACGCCUUGACCAAGCGCAACGCUUCGUCGACGCUGCGGCCAACGGGGUUGUUGUUGAUCGUGUAGCUUUGCAAGAUACCUUCACCGUCGAUGACAAACAAGCCGCGGUAGGGGAAGCCGUUGGCUUCGCCCAACGUGCCAUACUUGGCAGAGAUCACCUUGGUCACGUCGGCCACGAUGGGGAUCUUCAUCUUGCCCAAACCACCCACGUUGCGGGGAGUGCGGGUCCACGCCAAGUGGACUUCCGGGGUGUCCGUGGACGCCGCGAUCAAUUGAGCGCCCAAUUCUUCGAAUUCCUUGGCGCGGUCGUUGAACGCAAUGAUUUCCGUCGGGCACACGUAGGUGAAGUCCUUGGGGUAGAAGAACAACACGACGUACUUGCCGAGGUAGUCAGAGAGCGAGAUUUCGCUAAUGUCACCGCGGACAACGGCAGGGGCCGUGAAGGCAGGAGCGGGCUUGCCAAUGAACGCCUUGGGGGCAGGGUACUUGACCUUGUCCUCGUCUUCGUCGUCGCCAAAGUAGUCGUUGUAGUCAAAGUCGUCGUCUUCCUCAUCGUCACCGUUGCUCACCACAGGGGCACGGCGAGACGACGCGAAGCGCACGUUCAUGGCAGGUUGCACCAAGGUUUGCGAGGCUUGGGGAAACGCGCGGACAGCCGUCGCUGCGACGGGGCGGCGGAGUUGAGUGCACGCGGCACGAACAACAGCAGAACGGAGAUGUUGCAUGACAAUCGACGAU